AUCAAUACUAUACUUUUCUUGAAUCAUCCGAAGGUACUAAGUUUCAAGCACUUCCGUGAUCUUGAUGUAAUCAUAGCAGCAUGGUGGAAAAUAUUGGAAAAGUUGUGGUACCAGGCGAGAUUUUGACUGGUUUGCAGAAGUCAGAUUUAACAUCAAAAGUAAUUUUGGGCCCGGGAAUACGACAAGAGACAGAUUUAGUUGUUGUAUCAAAACCAGGUGUUUUGAAGUUCAAAGAACCAAAUAUUUAUUGGGUUGAUUGUUUUCAUAAAAGGUAUGUUCCACAAAGAGGAGACUCAGUAAUAGGUAUCAUAACUGCCAAAGCUGGUGAUGUCUUCCGUGUAGAUGUUGGUGCUAACGAACUGGCAACACUUUCCUAUUUGGCUUUUGAAGGAGCAACAAAAAGAAACAGGCCAGAUGUUAAAGUAGGUGAUAUAGUAUACUCUAAGUUUCUAGUUGCGAAUAAAGAUAUGGAACCCGAGCUGGUAUGUAUAGAUGGCCAUGGAAAAAGUGCAAGUCUUGGCAUCAUAGGACGAGAUGGAGGGAUGGUGGUACAGGUUCCAAUUGAUUUAAUUCGGAAAAUAUUAAGCCCAGACUGUGUUCUAUUUAAGUCACUUGGAAAGAGUUUAAAGUAUGAAGUUGCAGUUGGAAUGAAUGGACGCAUUUGGAUUAAGUGUCAUACUGUGAUGGAGACGAUAGUUGUGGCUAAUGCUAUCACAACAUCACAAUAUAUGACCAAUGAACAAAUACGGGACAUGUGUGGAAAAUUGACAGAUUCGCUUGCUGGAUUUUAGUGUUGCUUUACAAUGUUUGAAUCUCUGGCAGCUAGUCAUUUUCUGAAAAUUAAUUGGAAGAAAUUAUGUUAUUGAAUAGCAUGUUUUUAGCUCACCUGAGCUGAAAGCUCAAGUGAGCUUUUCUGAUUGCCUGUUGUCCAUCGUCUGUCCGUCUGUAAACUUUUUACAUUUUCGACUUCUUCUCCAGAAACACUGGGCCAAUUAUAACCAAACUUGGCCAUAAGCAUCCUUUGGUAAAGGGCUUUCAAGUUUGUUCAAAUGAAGGUCCAUGCCCCCUUCAAAGGGGAGAUAAUCACAAAAAUGCAAAAAUAAGGUGGAGUCAUUUAAAAAUCUUCUUCUCAAGGACCACUAGGCCAGAAGAGCUGAAAUUUACCUGAAAGCUUCCUGACAUAUUGCAGAUUAAAAUAAAAGUAAAAUCAUGGCCCCCGGGGGUAGUAUGGGACAAUAGGGGAUCAAAGUUUUACAUACAAAUAUAUAGGAAAAAUCUUUUUAAAAAAUUCUUCUGAAGAACCACUGAGCCAGAAAAGCCUGAGAUUUACAUGAAAACUUCCUUUCAAGUUUGUUAAACUCAUGACCCCUGGGGGUAGGAUGGGGCCACAAUAGGGGAUCAAAGUUUUACAUAACUAAUAAAUAGAGAAAAAAAUCUUUAAAAAUUUUCUCCUUAAGAACCAUUGGGCCAAAGAAGUUUAUAUUUGCACAAAAGCUUCAUGACAAAGUGCAGAUUCAAGUUUGUAAAAAUCAUGGUUCACGGAGAUAAGAUGGGCCCACAGUAAGGGAUUAAAAUUUUACAUACGAAGAUAUAGGAAAAAUCUUCUGAAAAAUCACUGGGCCAGAAAAGUUUACAUAAAUAUGAAAGCUUCCUGACAUAGUGCAGAUUCAAGUUUGUAAAAAUCAUGACCCCUGGGAAUAGGUUGGAGCCACAAUAUGGAUCAAAGUUUUACAUGCGAAUAUAUAGGAAAAAUCUUGAAAUAUGAGCCCAGUUGAGCGAUGUGGCCCAUGGGCCUCUUGUUUUUAUUUCGUUUGACCAAAACAUUUCAAAUUGUCAGACAAUUUAAAGUCUCAAUUACAGCUGGAAUGUUACCUUAAAAAGUUUCUGGAACUUCAUAAUUCAAAAUCCCAGUGAUGUGCAAUCAUAUAUAUAAUGAAUAUUAAUGAUUGCCAUGUUUUUUCAGAAACAUAUUUAUUUUUUUAACUUCAAGAUUAUGAAACAUGUGAUCACUGAAACAGUGACAAUUCAACAUAAAUUUGAUUAAAGAAUGUUCUAAAUAAA